UCGGAAACGGAGACAGAGUGAGAGGUCUGUUGUGUCUCCUCCUCUGUGCAGCUCUCCUCCGCUCCGUCUCCUCCGCUAGCUUAGCCUGCUAGCUAGCAGCCCAGGUAAACAUGGCCAUGUCGCAGGCUCUGUCAGAGGAGGAGUUCCAUCGGAUGCAGGCUCAGCUGUUGGAGCUGCGGACUCAGAACUACCAGCUGUCUGACGACCUCAGGAAGAACUCCACAGAACUGAACGCUGUCCGUCAGAAGAAUGUGGUUCUGGAAAGAGAUUUCAUCAAAGCGCAGAAGGCGCUGAACAAGAGCAAGAAGGCUCAGGAGGUGGAGGCGCUGCUGAGUGAGAACGAGAUGCUUCAGGGGAAACUUCACAGUCAGGAGGACGACUUCAGGCUGCAGAACAGCACGCUGAUGACAGAACUCUCCAAACUGUGCACUCAGAUCGAGCAGCUGGAGCAGGAGAACCAGGGCCUGAAGGAGCGAGGAGCCGCCGCUGCAUCCAGCACACCACCCAACUCCACCUCCAGCCCAGCUGAUGGAGAGCUUCUCCGCCUGCAGGCUGAGAACUCCACCCUGCAGAAGAAGAUGAAAGCCCUUCAGGAGCGGUUCGACAGAGAGCAGCAGAGCGCUGCCACCGAGACCGACGGGUCGGCCGGCGCCAACGGAGUCUCUGAUGUCACGGGGCGAGGGGAGGAGCCAGCAGCAGAGGGAGCCAGUGACAGACUGGAACAGGUGACGUCGGAGGCUCAGCUGGAGCGAACAGGGAAACAGCUUCACGGCCGGUCAGAGACGAGCGUAGAGGAGAUUGUAGCUAAGCAGGCAGCGAUAGGCUGGUCGGCUGCUCUCUGUCCAAUAACUCACUGCUUUGGACCAGAGCUGGAGAUGGCACUGACCACCGAGCAGGAGGAGAAGAGGCUGCUGAGGGAGCAGGUCCACCAGCUGGAGGCGUCCAAACAGGCUGAAAUCACCAAACUGCAGGAAGAGAUAACAAAGCUGUCUGACAAGUUAAAGAAGAAGCAGGAGAGUUUUCAGCGUCUGCAGGGAGAGAAGGAGGUUCUGUACAACGACAGCAGGACCAAAAUUGAUGAGAUCAACCAAAGGAAGGAGGAGGAGCUGAAGGCCAUGAACCUCCGCAUCCAGAAACUACAGACGGACCUCAUGGCAGCCAAUCAGAUGACGGCAGAGCUGAGAGAGCAACUGCAGAGCAGAGAGAAGGAGCACGACCUGGCUGUCCACACUCUGAAAGACCAGGUAGCCAAUCAGAGCGCAGUCAGUCAGGAGCAGGUGGACAACAUCCUGCAGGAGAAUGAUGCUCUGAGGACAAACCUAGCUGCUCUAGAACAGAUCCAGUCGGUGAAGACGCAGGAGAUGAACCUGUUGCGUGAGCAGCAGGAGGCGCUGACGGCCGAACUGCAGCAGAGACGAGCCGAGCAGGAGAGUCUGUUGGCUCAGAGAGACGACCUGGACUCUCAGCUGCAGGAGUCGAGUUUUGCCAACAGGAAGUUGUUGGAGCAGUUAACAGAAGAAGGACAAGAGAAGGAGAAGCUGCUGAGAGAGCUGGAGGAGGCGAAGAAGACAGCAGAGAAGAGGAAGGCCAUGUUGGAUGACAUGGCCAUUCAGCUGAACCAGGAGAAGUCUGACCACAAGGAGGCGCUGUCAGACCUCAAACUGCAGCACGAGAAGGAGGUUCUCGGAGUGAGGGCUCGAUAUGAGAAGGAGCUCCGAGGACUCCACGAAGACAAGAACCGCUCUGAGGAGGAGAUCCGACAGCAGCUUAGAGAAGAAAAGGCUCGGACCAAAGACCUGGAGGGUCUUCAGCAGAGGGUGGAGGAGCUGCAGGCUCAGGUUCUGUCCAUGGAGGGAACCAAAGGAUGGUUCGAGAGGCGACUCAAGGAGGCCGAGGAGAACAUCGAGAAGAAGUCACUGGAGCAUCAGGACGAGAUCGAGCGGCUGCAGAAGGAACACACACUUCAACUGGAGGAGAAGCAGUCAGAGAUGGAGGGAGUGAAGCAGCAGCUGGUGGAGGUGGAGAAGCAGAAGGAGGAGCACAGUGACACCAUCGGGAAACUCAAACAGGAGAUAAAAGACACCGUGGAUGGACAGAGGAUUUUAGAAAAGAAAGGAAGUGCAGCGCUGAAGGACUUGAAGCGGCAGCUGCAGCUGGAGAGGAAGCGAGCCGACAAACUGCAGGAGAGACUCCAGGAGAUACUGACCAACAGCAAGACCAGGACAGGUCUGGAGGAGCUGGUCCUGUCAGAGAUCAACAGUCCCAGCCGGACUCAGCAGACUGGAGACUCGUCCUCCGUCUCCUCCUUCUCUUACAGAGACAUGAUGAAGGAGGCUCAGCCGACCAAUCAGAACAAGUCUGGAGGCGGCAGCCCUCAGUCUCAGCGUCCCGCUGAGUUAUCUGAUGACGAGGUUGGAGAGCUGUUCCAGAGACUGGCCGAGGUUCAGCAGGAGAAAUGGAUGCUGGAGGAGAAGGUGAAACAUCUGGAGGUCAGCUGUUCGUCCAUGGCUGAAGACAUCUGCAGGAAGAGCGCCAUCAUAGAGACCUACGUGAUGGACAGCCGCAUAGAUGUGUCGGGCGCUGCGGUCGGAGGUCACGGAGGCUCUCAGGGAGAGCGAGGAGGUCUGGGUUCGGUCCUCAGAGAUCUGGUGAAACCAGGAGACGAGAAUCUGAGAGAGAUGAACAAGAAGCUGCAGAACAUGUUGGAGGAGCAGCUGACUAAGAACAUGCACCUGCAGAAGGACCUGGAGGUUUUGUCCCAGGAAUUAGUCCGUAUCAGUAAAGAGGGCAGUCCUGGUGGCGGUGCGGCCGGGUCGGGAUGAGACUAUCGCCUGGUUCCAUCCGUCCUUUCCCUUCUUGUCACUCUCGAUCACCUCAACUGGAAGAUGUGGGCCGGGCUCAGACUAACACCUGGAAACAACAUUUUGCUCUGGAUUCAUCAACCUAAGACCUGCUGUGGGCUCUGACUACUGACUGGAGCCCAAUGAUUUCACUCUGGAACUCUGGAAUUUAACCCUCCUGUGUUUUGGUGAAGAGAUGAAUGAAGGGAGGAAACAGGAAGUCAGACAACUGGAGGGAAUGGAAAAGUUGUGCUCAGCUCAUUUAUGUCGCUAUUGAAUGUACUGUAAUUAGACUGCACCGCUCAGAUCCUCUGGCUACGACCUGGAAACACAUGUCACAGAGCCUCGGUGGUGUCUACUCGCUGACUAAACUCACCUGUAAGAAUCUGAUGUCUGUCUGCUGGGUCCUGGCUACGUCCUGGAUUACACAUGCCUUGUACUUUAACGGAGUCAUUUCAUUGGUUCCUGUGUGCAGUAACGCUGUUGUGAUCUGGCUACUUCCUGAGCUUCCUAUCUGCAACAUAAUCACACUAAUGACCUGGGCUCUGUCUAUGUCCUGGAUUGCUGACUGUAAACAAGUUUUUGUUUGAUUCUAUCGUUGCAGUGGAAAAAGGUGUUUUCUCGGUUGUCAUGGAGAUGGGUUUCUUUUUAUCAGGUUUCUCUGAAUCAUCUUCAUGAGGACAAAGCAACAUCAGCUGUUGAUGAAGGCCAUGAGUUUAAACUGAAAGCCCCGUGUGGACGUUGCGUUAACAAUAAUACGUUUUUAUCUCAGACUAAACUGACGAGUUACAGUUCAGCUCCUCUAAACUAAACUGACUCUCAUCUCCUGUUCUUACCAACUGAAACACAACGACCUGCGAACAUCGUUGACUUUAACGUGAAUGAAUAUAAUCGUCAUCGAUGCUGCAGGAAGAGCCGACCAUCAGCUGUGAUGGAAACAACAACCACACGAUGUUUUCACGCAUCCUACUGAAACAUCACGUUAAUAUCUGGCGACGUGCACAGUUAACGUUCAACACAGAAGCAGGACACACACGAGGCAUCAAAGAUGUUAAAACUUUUAGAUCUGAUUCAACAUCCCCGAGUCUGAAGCAAAACAGUAGAAAGAGCCUGCGUCACGCCUGCGUCACGCCUGCGUCACGCCUGCGUCACGCCUGCGUCACGUCUGCGUCACGCCUGCGUCACGUCUGCGUCACGCCUGCGUCACGUCUGCGUCACGUCUGCGUCACGUCUGCGUCACGCCUGCGUCACGCCUGCAUCACGUCUGCGUCACGUCUGCGUCACGCCUGCGUCACGCCUGCGUCACAUCGGCUGCUACUGAGCAUGUGCGACUCGACAGAGAUGGGAAAGAAGUGCGAUGUCUCACUCUGUAGCUACUUCCACCAUCGUAAAGUCUGAUGACGUUGCUUUCUGCCGUUUCCCGUUUCUUUGACGUGUUUGUGAUGUCGAACAUGGUUUUUGUUUUAGAGUCGGUAUCGUCAGGAGACGUAAAACUUUCGAGCUUCACGUGUCGGCUAUACAUGUCGGGUCAACACCGGAGCUUCUGAACCUUCAGUGCGACGGAGCGAUCGCUGUGCAGAUCUCCAGAUAAAUUCUCGUUAUUAUGAAACUUUGCUGGUGAUCAACUUAAACUUAGUCGGCCAUGGCUACAUCAUGGAGCACCAACAUACUGUACUCAUGUUUACUGUCAUUUAUCAACUGUUCAUACAGUGGGUCAUGGCUACUUCCUGGUCUUGCAUGUUUUUGACCUCAGUAGCUCGAUGGAGAAUCCAUGUUUCUGCAGCCGCCUCUGUUCUGUUAUUUAUUACUCUUCUUACACUCUGAUGCAGAAUGGAUCAUGGCCUGGACUAGUUGCUGGAUUCAUAGUCCUCAUCCAUAUACUGUAAUUAGGACUUAUUGUUCAGAGAAAUGUUCACCAGCCUAUCGGUUGUUUUGAAAUUUAAAAAGUAAAUGCAUGAAAACUGGAGAUGAGCUUCAGCAACAUUCUGAUUAUUAAUUAAGAAUCUGAGAAUCAGUGGACGAGUCGCAGCUUUAUAAUUUAUUUGUCUUGUGGAUGAAAACUGAAAAUGAGGAGUUGCGUGUCGCCUCCGUCCUCCGAGAACCUGAUCAAUCAUCGUCUGUCUCAUUGGUUCAUGAUGAUUCAGCUGUUUAUCUUCAGGGCCGUGUCUAUAUCUUGGAUCACAUGAACUGUAACUUACCUUGCACUGUAACAUUUCCAUUUCUCCAAGCUGCAUAAACAACGUAACUCAUCUGACGGGCCGGGUCUACUUCCUGCUUUUAUUAUUUGGAUGUAUCUCUGCUUCUGUUCUGUGAGUUUGUUUGAAAACAGUUUAUCGUGACAGGAAGUGACAGUGGAACACUUCCUGUCUGCUCUGCCUUGUCUCAUGUCUUGGACUCUGACUACAUCCUGGAUUGAAUGUCUGCCACAGGCUGCUUCUAGUGACCAGGCUCUGACUACAUCCUGGACAUUACACUUGUACCAGACUUUGUUUUUGUUGCCUGUAUAUUUCUGCUUUAUUUUUGUUUGUACACUGCAAAAAAUAUACACUUCAGUCCGAUGUUAAGGCUUUACCAUGUGAGGGAGAGGAAGUGGAGCUUCUGGUGUUCAGACAGAAAACACCUGACAGGUGUAAAACCUCCACGAGCGGUCGAGCUGCACUGAAAACACACUGAAGCUUCUCUCUCUCUCUCUCUGUCUCUCUCUCUCUCUCUCUCAGCAGCAGACUGAACGGGAUCAGUCUACAUGCUGGGCAGCGACUCGCUUGUUGCUUUGUUUUUGUUUGUAAUGUUUAAAUCUGUAUAUACACGCUGUGAUAUGACUUUAACUGUAUGAAGAAUCAACGGAUCUAUUUAUGAGACUGAGGAUGAUCAUGACGCUAAUUAUUGUAACGACCUGAAAACAUGAUAAAAUUCUGUCUGAGGAC